CCAAACCCCGAAAGGGCCCUUAGGGCAAAACAAAGACCUCCCCCUCUCAUUUCUCCUGCUCUCUCCUCUUUUCUCUCUCUAUACUCUCCAAUGGCGACUGCCUCUGCUUCAUCUUCCCGCACCAGGACCCGUCCCAGUGGACCUGUCCUUCGCUCUCUCUCACCUUCUGGAAGGUUCUACACCGGCUCCUCCAAUGCCUCGAUCCAAUCCACCGCUUCGGCUUUCGCCUCCUCCACCAGCUCCAGCUUCUCGUCUCCGUCGUCGGCCUUUUUCAACAAACACCAGGACAACCACAGCCACUACAACCACCAGGACUACCACCACCACCGUGCCGCUUCACCGACGCGUGUCAAUCUCUACACCUCCAGUGCUCUGUCCCCUGCCGUCCGCUUCUCCAUCGAGCACCGCUCCAUCUCACCUAACCGUUCCAUCACUGCUUCGAAGAAGAACGGCCCCAUCGCAGCGUCGAGGAAGACGUGUAUGUGCUCCCCGACAACGCAUCCGGGGUCGUUCCGCUGCAGUUUGCACAAGAAUCAAGGGAGCUCAAAUCAGCAUCACAACCACACGCCGUAUCCCAACAACAGGCUCAAUAUGCGCAGAUCUGCCAUGACGAACUCGCUGGUUCGCAUCAGCGGCGUCGAGGGCGAGUGGGUGAAGAGAGCCUUGACGGCUCUGAUUCGCCCUUCUUCGCAUCAGCAGAGGCGUAGAGCUGGGUUCCAGCCACGGCAGAGCCGACUCUCGGUCAUGUCCAAGGCCAAUAGCUGAGUGAUGUAUCUCUCUGGAUGUUUUUUUUGUUUACAGAGCAGACACAGCGUUUGGGGUCCGUUCCGUUCACCACCGUUGUGUUUGCUCGUCCACCGUUCCGUUCAGUUCCGUGGUUUGUUCCGUUCACCGUCCCGUUAAGUUGCGUUGCGUGUGUUACGUUCCGUUUGCUCCGCCGUAUUGUUGCGUUGCGUUUAUGCCAGGUAUAUUCCUUUCAUUUAUUUCGUUAUUCCUUGUUAAUCUCAUUGCUGUCCUUUAAAUCUUUCUAAACUUUUCUUGAGCUGGGUGCUUCUGUUGCAGGCUUGAUAUUUGACUAAUGGACUUCAUCAGAAUUUUGAAAAAUAGGACACUUUGAAACUGGGUUCCUGGAAGGCUGUGUCCCCAUUGACAUUGACGAAAGGAACAAUGAUUCAAAAAAUAAAUUAAAAUAAACCAGUAACAGGUUAAAAUAAAAAAUAAAAAAGAACAAU